UGCUGAUUGAUUGAAUCUCGACCAAAAGCUCCAAAUGUACUAGUGCCCAGUCCAAAAAGCCCAUGCAUAACCCGUGCACACCCCUGCCAGCAGCUGAUCCGUCCAGACGCAAAGGACUUUUGGGCCCCUGUCCUCCGCCCGACAGCCCUGCGAGGAAAAAUAUGGAGCAUCCUUCCUGGUAAUGCGUUCUCCGACAACCUUAUAUAUUUCAUGUCAUGGCAGCCUUACCCAUCACAACUUCGGAUUUUGUCCAGCUCAAGAGGCGCAUCUUAUCUUCACUUUUUCCCAUCCUGUACAAGCUCAGCUUCGGCUUUUUUCGACCCCAGAGCUACUGAUAAGCACCUUUUCCUUUGCUCGCAUUUUCAACUGCGCCCUGUCCCUUGAUUCCUCUCCAAGCAUCCAUUCCUGCGGCCUUUCAAGACUGACCUGUUCAAGCGACAAUGGAUGACUCUCAUAGUCGAGCGUCAGAACUCGCGCUACCUCCCGUAGCUGGGUCCAACUUCUCUGUAUGCCAAAAUAAUCCCAGUCGCUGUCGGCGAUACAGUACCCAAGCAUGGGAUGCCAUGAAACCCCUCAUUAAGAAGUUCUAUAUCGAUGACAAUAAGUCGCUGCGCCAGCUUAUGGAAAUGCUCUCAAAGGAGCACGAUUUCCAUCCUACGUCUAAAAUGUUUAAAGACAAAUUCAAACUGUGGAAUUUUGCUAAAAAUCUCACCAUCAAGACUGCAUGCCCCCUCCUUGAUCAGAAAACGAUAUCGGAUGCGACGGGGCGCCCAACAAUUUUGGGUCCUCAUGGAAGGCCUGUAGACGAGCGACGACUCAAAAAAUAUCUCAGGAGGAAAGCAUGGGCUCCUCUCAAUCCCAUAUCACCAAUGCAGAAUCUGUCCACCUCUGGCGAUAGCACGUCUACCACACCUACGUCACCCAGCGAGCUUUUGGAUGUUUCAGACACAUAUCCAGACCCCCAUAAUAUGCUGCCUGACGGUGGCUCCUAUGAGCAGGACUGCCCUUAUCGACCGUGGGCGAAGAAGUUUCGCUUUUCUGAGACAUAUCCUGAGUAGCCUGCCCUUACAGAAGUACUAUGUAUACUUGGC